GGGAGGAUGAGGCUCCAAACCUUGGGCACCAGUAUCUUCCUAAGGCUUUGGAGGACAUACGUGUUUCCAGGAAGUACUGGCUGGCUGGACUUCAUCCAGCACCUGGGGGUUUGUUGUUCUGUGGCUUUCCUUGCCGUGAGCCUGCUCUCUGCAGCCUUCUACUGGAUCCUGUCCUCAAUCGCUGCGCUGGCUGCUGUCUGGGCCAUCAUCUGUGUUUUUCUGUGCUGUUCCAAGCAUGUGCGGUGCUUUGUUCUUCUCGCCUUUCUUUCCUGCGGCCUCCGUGAAGGCAGGAACGCAUUGAUUGCGGCUGGCACAGGGGUGGUGAUCUUUGGACAUGUGGAAAAUGUGUUUUAUAACUUCAGAGGUCUCCUGGACAGUAUGACUUGCAAUCUAAGGACAAAGAGCUUUUCCAUACAUCUUCCCCUUUUAGCACGUUAUAGUGAAGCCCUUCAGUGGAUUUAUGGCCUUGCCACUCCACUGAAUAUAUUUGAUGACCUCGUUUCUUGGAACCAGACUCUAGUGGUCUCCCUUUUCAGUCCCGGACAUAGCCUGGAAGCUCAUAUGAAUGAUACUAAGGGAGAAGUCCUGGGUGCCCUGUCCCAUAUGGUAGUCAUGACAGAGCUUCUAUCUUCCUUGGGCCAGAAGCUGCUUGCCCUAGCCGGGCUUCUUCUCAUCCUAGUCGGCACCGGCCUCUUCAUGAAGCGAUUCCUGGGCCCUUGUGGCCGAAAGUAUGAGAAUGUCUACAUCACUAGACAGUUCGUUCAGUUUGAUGAAAAGGAGAGGCACCAACAGCGGCCCUGUGUCCUCCCUCUGAAUAAGAAGGAAAGGAAGAAAUAUAUCGUCAUCCCAUCCUUGCAGCUGACUCCGAAAGAUAGGAGAAGCCUGGGGCUGAUUUUCCUUCCUGUCCUGACCCAUCUCUGCAUGUGGGCGCUAUUCGCAGCUGUGGACUAUCUACUAUACCGACUCAUUUCCUCCGUGAACAAGCAGCUCCAAAACUUGCCAGGGCUCGAGGUUCACUUGAAACUGCACGGAGAGAGGCAAGGAACUCAAGAUAUCAUCCAUGAUUCUUCCUUUAAUAUAUCUAUGUUUGAACCCAGCUGCAUUCCUAAACCACGGCUCAGCGUGUCUGAGACUUGGGUUCCUCUCAGUAUUAUCCUUGUAAUGCUAAUAGUACUAGGACUGUUGUCUCCCACACUGAUGCAACUGAAAAUUCUGGUGUCAGCAUCCUUCUACCCUGGUGUGGAGGAGGAACGAAUCCAAUACCUCCAUGCAAAGCUCCUUGAGAAGAGAUCAAAGCAGCCACUGGGAGAAGUCGAAAGAAAACUAAGUCCAUACUUUAAAAAGAUUCAUUUCUGGCUUCCAGUCCUGGCAGUGAUUGGGAAGAGACUUAAGAAGCCUGCAAACGAAGAUGACCCGUGACAAACAUGGAGUCCCUCUCCCUGGGUCAGCUGCUGCUUGCUGCUCACUGUCUGCUCAACAGUAGAGGGCUAUAUGAGGAGAUCUACAGAUGUUUGGGUUUUUAAGGUCCUCUUCCCUCUCUGGUGAUUUUUCAAGCUGCUUGUCAAUCAUAAUUCUGAAUGGCUCCCUGGUAAAUGGUUUUUCAGUCUGUCUUCCAAACAAAACACUGUAUCUAGACUGUAUCACAGCUAAAGGGACUGGGAUGGCUUGAAUGAACAUGUUCUCCAGGGGCUCUAAAGUUUGAAAACUUAGUCUUCAGUGGUGGGGCUAUUUGGGGAAGGUUAAAGAGCUGUGGCCUUGCUGGAGGAGGGCUUUGGAUUUUUAUAAGCUAUGUACCAAAUCCUGUUUGCUCUCUGCUUCCUGCUUGUGGCUGGAGAUGGAGCUCUCAGCUGGUCUUGCCUCCAUUUUUUUGCCCAUCAUCAAACCUCCCCACGGUGACAGUGACAAGCCUUAUCUCUCUGGAUACUAAGCUUCCUCCUAUAAGUUGCCUUGAUUUGCCACUGCAGUAGACAAGUAAGCAAUACGGAAGCUAUGUCCAGGCCUCUUACUGAGGAGUGCACGCAUAGGACAAGAGAACAAACAAUCAAAGAACAAAUUAUGAAGUCUCUACUUCAGUCUCACAAGCAGGUGUCAAGGACUUAUGUGUAUAAGGUCAGCAGUGUGUCUACUAACCUUCUGGUCUCUUUCUGCCCCCUUAAUGUCUUCCGUAGGCUGUCUCUCACAGUACCACCCACAGCUGCCUCUCCUGCCUAUUCCCCUUUGUCAAAGCUUCUUUCUGAAGCCCGUUUAUAGAACACCUAAUUCCUUCCCAUUACAUCUUCAUCUCUCAUAUCCUUUGUCAAUUUUCUUAUCUCUUCUAGUAACUCUUCCAAACAAAGUUUUGGGAUGGGAUGGUGUAUUGCGCAGCCUCCUGGGAAACACGUAUUAAAACACACAUCUUGGAUCUCUUUUAGAUAUCUAGAGGAAGGGAAAUCUCCCUUGAAUACCGAUCCCAUUAUCUCUA